AUGGAUUUCACACGGCAAUACAUAUACUAUUUAAUGCUGCUGUGUGCUCUAACAGUGUCAUUGUUUACUUAUGCAACUCCAACGGAGGCCGAGGGAGUUCAGCCAUCGAAGCCUGAUUCCGGCUCGUUUUGGAGGGGCAAAUAUUCGCGUAUUCGUGCUUCUCCGGGUUUAGAUCGCAUGAGCAUCUUGUUCGGUGGCCACAUGUGUACGAUACCGGAGAAUGCAAUUCUCACAGAGACACCGCCCGUGAUUGUGGUGCACGGCAGGCUGUCGUCGCUGACUGCCGUUCUUGUCGGAUACGGCCAAAACGAAGCCUCUGGCACCUUCCGGAGCAACAAAGGGUACAUUUAUGGCGUGGGCUAUGCGGGUUCAUACUUCCCCAAAUUUGCGAACCGGGUAAGCUUCACGUACGACUACAGGCCGCCCAUGCACCCUCGCUGGGAAGCGGAGGAGUUUUGCGCACUGAUAUUUUCGCCUGCGCUGAAGCCCGGCCCCACCAUCAUCUCCACGGUUGGAAACGCCUCUAACAGUCCCGCACGCUACAUAGGUUCAACCGAGACCAUCGUGAAGCUGCUCAUCAACGAAAGCGUCGGCACGAAGUCCAAGCUGGUAACACAGUGCUGCUUUUUAAUGCGCAGGUCAGAUUGA